AUGUCUAAAAUACAAGCAGCCCCUGGCGCAUUCACUCGGCUGGCUCUCCCCAACAAAAACCGACGAACGCCCAACAAAGAGAUCGUGGCGGCGUUAUGGUUUUUGAGUGUCAAAUUCUGCUUACGGUUUGGCUGCUUCAAAACGAAACAUAACGCCGUGCACUGCUUCCCAACGGCCUGCUCGGAGGAACGUCGGUUGGCUCUGGGCACAUCAACACGCAUGCCCGACUUUGGUAGUUUCAAAAGAGCGACCAAAUGUGACUCGAUAACAAUCCAAAAACAGCGAUGCCGUCGGCUCUUACCAACGCAGGUUAACGGUCUUGGAGGGAUCCGAGGUAGGACCAGCGUCUUCGCAAAUGCGAAGACAUUGGUUGGUCACAUCUCUCUUAUUCAAACGCUAAAUCAGAGCCGAGAUAAAAUCGUAGCAACGAUACACCACCUUUAA